GUGGCAGUGUCGCAACAAAUAUUGUGCGGGAUUUGCGAGUUAUUUUGCUUCUCAGGGUCGCUCAGACAAUACUGUAAUCCUAAUUUACAGUUUGUUUAUGUCUGUUUUAUUACGUUCCUAAUACAGGCUUAUCUAUAUCGAGUUCUAACUUGUUAUUUUUACUGAAAUGAUGACUUCAUGUAAAUAAAACCGACAUUCUUAACCCAAUAGCCGGUUUUUUAUUCACUCUAGGUUGUUUUUUAUUAGCCGGACUUAUAUUUAGCUAGUUCCUGCAUAAUAGAAGCUUGUUCGUUUUCUUAAGACUACUUAGUUGAUUACUGGUAUAUUAUAAAUUUAUAACGAUACCUCUUAGAACUCUAGCUUUCUUUGCUUCAAUCACUAAGCUCUGGAAACGGCGCUUCAAAAUACAAAUGGGUUCUCAGAUGAGGUCACAGUAAGUUUAAAUCAUUUGGAAAUUUACCUCUAGAAAACUAAAUGCUGUAUAAGUUCCGUCAAUUGAAUCAGUACUGCUGUUCAGUGAACUACAAAAUAACAUGAGUUUGGGCUUCUCUUCCGUUGGUUUGCACGUACUGAACGCUGUAAAUGUAAACUCCGCAUUGGUUUCUUUAGCCAUACUAACUGCAUUGAUAAAUCCUUGUUCGGUAGAGGAUGUGCGUAAAAAUAUACCUACAACGAAAGAUUUGCUGAUGGUUUUUAUCCUAUGUCGGCAUGGUGAUAGGUCUCCUGUUCACACUUUUCCAACAGAUCCUUAUCGAAAGCUAUGGAAAAUGGGAUAUGGUCAGCUAACAGCUUAUGGUGCAGAACAACAUCAAGAACUUGGUCGAAUUAUCCGAAAAAUGUAUUCUGGUUUCGUUCCUGAAGUCUAUCAUAAGGAUGAAACGUUGUUUCGUAGUUCUGGGACUGAAAGGACACUGAUGUCUGCAAACAACUUUAUCCGAGGAUUUUAUCACUUGGAAAAGAACACAAAUAACGUUCCUCCUGUGUUUUCUAGACUAACACACGAAGAUCACCUGUUGAAAAUGUCUAGCAAAUGCCCUAAAUUCAAAAGAAUUUUUCACCAUCUGAUGAACUCAUCAGUGGUAUCUCAGAAAGCAAACAUGCUGAGAAACUUCUUCGACCUUCUGGAACAUACGACUGGGUACACUUUCCCUAUUGACAGAAGUUCUUCAGAUAAUUUUUACACAGCCUGGCGUAUAUGUGAUCCUGUUACGAUAUGGGUGGAUCAUUCAUUGCCUUCACUUCCUCGUUGGGUCACUAGUGAUGUUUAUAAACAAUGCUCUAACUUAUUGGACUAUAAACAUUUCAUUCGAUUUUCUAAACCACAGUUGACAAGAUUACGAGGUGGUCCGCUGGCUGGUCAUAUUAUGGAUUUAUUUCGUGAGCGUAUUAACCAAGAGCUAAAGAAGAUUGAUCAUGACAUUAAUUCAUCAGAACAACUACAUCGGCGUUUCGUUGCUUAUUUUGCACAUGAUUCUACACUGGCAGCUCUAAUGAGCCAUUUAGGUGUAUAUAAUGGAAUCAAACCACCUUUGGCAAGUUGUUUGAUAGUAGAACUUCAUCGUUCAUCAUCAUCAUCCAAUAAUUUUUAUCUUCGAUUUUAUUAUCUUAAUGAAACAAAAUUACCUUUAAAAACUGAUAAAAUACUUAAUCUAUGGCCAACUAAAUGUGAAACCCAUGAUCAUAUUGAUGGUAAACAAUUAAAUUAUUCAUGCCCGUUUCAUAAACUUGAAUCAUCACUUCAAGGGACUUAUGCAACCGAUAUUGAAGCUGAAUGUUAUGAUACUGAUGCAAUAAAUAAUGUUAAAACAACAUAUAUGAAACCAUCAGGCAUAAAAAUGCUUGAAUCUUAUUGUUAUCAUCCACAAUUACUAACUUUCAUUUUCCUUCAAACAGCUAUAGUAUGUUAUUUUGUUGCCCGUUUCUUACCUAUUCCAAUGGCUUAUCUUAUAAAUAAUUUUAGAUAUUCACGUCAUGUACAAUAAACUUCUAUAAAUGAAUCUUAUUUGUUCAAUAUGUAAAUGAUAUUCAGUAAUGUAAACAAAAGAAUCAUUCUAAUGUUGUCUUGACGUUCUUCAUGUGAUAUUCAUUUCUUUCUUUUUCUUUUACCAUUCAUUGAAAAAGAAAUUAGUUUUUAAUUAACCUUUAAUAAAUUAUUUUUCUACAUUAGUUUGUUUGUUUGUUCGUUUUUCUUUAGUUUUAUAUACAACGAGACAAUCAUCGGUCACUUUAAUGCUUAUUUCAUAAUGUUUAUAUUCAAUGCAGCCCAUGUAUACGUUCAAUCAAUUAUUGUUUCUUAAUUUCCUUGUUAUCUUCUAUGAAUAUUCUUAUUAUGAUAAUAAUUUUUGUCUUGUCAAAAUAAAAGUUUUUAUAAUGAACAAAAA